AUGCGGCCGGCGCUGCUCUGCGCGCUGGCCAUGCUCUGCGGCUGCACCGGCGACUCGUCGGUCGUGGAGAUCCUGCAGCGGCGCGAGGCCGCGGCCGCCGGCGCCUUCGGCGAGCCGCUGGCGGCCAUCCCCAUCGGCACGGAGGACGGCGGCGUCGCCGGCGACGUGAAGAUCUACGAGGGCGAGGAGCCCGUCGACGCCAUCGCCGCCUUCUGCGUCGAGGCGCAGCUCGAGCCCUGGUUCCGCAAGGCCAUCACGGAGCGCGUCUGCGCGGGCGGCGACUUCGAGGCGCUGCCGCCGUGCGCGCGGAAGCGCGCGGUCUUCUUCGCGUCGGAGAUCUCCGUGCCCGACGACCCGGAGGGGCGCACCUACCCGGGCAAGCUCGUGGUCAUGGAGGACGAGGCGCCCGCGGCGUCCGUGGAGCUGUUCCUCGCCGCGGCGGAGAAGGAGAUCACCAAGAACCGGACCAAGUGGGACAAGCAGCACGAGGCCUGGGAGAAGAACCGCACGAAGAACGCGGCCUUCGCCGCGGAGCACGCGGGCGUCGCGCGGAAGAAGGACGACCGGGACCGGGCCCUCCGAGAGAUCGACGAGCUCGACUGGCUCCUCGACAACCACACGCUGAGCGAGCCCAUGCGGCCGCCGGCGGGCUGGUUCCGCGCGGCGCUGCUCGAGCACGUCUGCGGGCUGCCGGGCCUCUCCUGCGAGGGCCGGCGCAAGCCCCUGCCCGAGCUGCCCAUCACCGUCGACGGCUCCGGGAAGCCCCGCGGCGUCGUCCGGCCCUACGAGGGCGACGAGGGCGUCGACCUCGCCUACCUCUUCGGCAAGCAGCACGACCUGACGACGGACGUCUUCCGCGAGUCGCUCAUGUCCUACCUCUGCACCGUCGAGGGCGUGUCCUGCACGCGGACGCGGGCCAGGGUCUUCUCGCGGUCGCCCGCGGACGUCUUCGGCGACCCGGACAUGCGCUUCUGGAUCAACUUCGAGAUCUGGGAGGACGAGGAGCCCGUCGACGCCGCCUUCGACUACGCGCGGCGCUUCCAGCUCACGCUGGAGCAGCGCUACGCGCUGCUCCAGGCCGCGUGCGACGACGGCUACUUCGCCGUCACGGAGGGCGCCGAGAAGAAGGGCAGCAUCGAGCUCCUCUCGUACCAGCGGCCCGCGGACGCCGUCUACGACUACUGCCGGAAGGAGAAGUACCUCCAGCCCAAGUACACGCGGCUCCACGUGCGCGCGAACCUCCACGCGUCCUUCUGCGCGGCCCUCGAGCUCGACCGCGGCUUCCUGACGGACGAGGAGCGCGCGAGCUGCGAGGACCGGCGUCGAAAGCCGAGAGUCGCGGUGGGCGACGGCGGGCCGACGCUCGCGCGCGAGGAGCGGUUCAAGCAGGAGUUCACCGUCGGCGGCUUGACGUACAAGAUGCCCUUCUACGACGACGAGUUCCCGCCCUGCGACGGCGUCCCGGGGCCCGACGGCCUCGAGGACGGCCUCUGGGGCGACGAAGUCUGCACGCCGCGGGAGACGCGCGCGGCCCUGGUCUUCUGCGAGCGCAUCGUGCCCUUCCCCCCGGGCUGCGUCGAGUACCUCGCGCCGGCGAUCGCCGCGAGCCUCCUGCGCGCGGAGCGGCGGCGGUCGCCCUUCGGCUACGACUACUACCUGAGCAUGGGCGAGCUCCGCGACGCGGACAACGACACGAUCGUCGCCGCGUACCUCCGGGGCGUCGAGCCGCUGCCGGCCGAGCUCGAGGAGCUCACGGCGAACCUCACGGCGCUGAACGCGUCGCUCGCGGCGCUCGAGGAGACGCACGAGCUCGCGCGGCGGUCGCUCGCGCGCGCGCGCGGCGCGCGCGAGGUCGCCAUGGAGGCCAUGGGCCACGCCGCGGGCCUGCUGGCGGAGCUCCGGGCGACGCUCGCCGGCGCGCUCGUGAAGAACGACCGGAACGUGACGCCCGCCCAGGCCAUCGCCGAGGCCGCGGACCAGUUCCCGCCGCUCCCGCCGACGCUCGCGGGCGGGCUCGCGGCCGCGCGCGAGGCCGCGACGGACGUCGGCCGCGCGGACGCGCUGCUCCACGCGGCGCGGGACAACCUCAACGGCGCCAACGGCCAGCACGGCGACACGCAGCCCCGCGCGGACCACCUCGAGACCAUGUCCCGCGUCUUCAAGGAGGGCCACGAGACGCUCACGGACAAGAAGCGGCGCGAGACGAACGACAAGCCCUGCCAGAAGAUCUUCGGCGCCUGCUGCGCCAAGGAGACGGACAACGGCGGCAAGGACAUCAAGUGCGGCGGGGACUUCGAGGACGCCAAGAUGAAGGUCGCCGCCGUCGCCCUCGCCGUGCUCGCCGCGCCCGCCGCGGCGCUCAUCCCGGCCGCGCAGACGUCGGCGGCGACGUCGACGAAGCUGUACGGCUACGUGCCGAGCGGCAUGUCCAAGGAGGAGUGGGCCAAGAUCCAGAAGAAGGAGAAGGACGCGAAGAAGGGCAAGAACUUCGGCGUCGGCGGCGCGCGCGGCUUCCAGUCUCGGUCGUUCAACUCGUUCGUCAGCGCGAUGGAGAAGGGCGAGGCGGGCCACCUCUUCGCGGUGAACCCCGAGGACGUCCGCUCGGGCAAGGUCGCGCUCAAGGACGUGCCCUACAUGCAGCGCGGCGGCUCCUGGGACAACUCGGACCUCGCGGGCAAGAAGGGCUGGAUGAAGACGGGCUUCGGCAUGACGGCGUUCAACGACGGCAAGGCCGACACGACGAACGUCAAGAAGUGGACCAAGGAGGACAAGAUCUACAGCAACACCAAGCCCGACAUCGGCAUCUUCGGCACGGCCAUCAACUGGAACGGCAAGGGCGGCGCCGACGACGGCGUCGCGGCCCGCGCGAAGAAGAACGGCGUCUCCGCGGACCAGCAGAUGUGGCGCGACUCCGGCGCGCUCUCCAAGCAGGAGAUCGCCAAGAUGAACCGCAAGAGCGGCGCACCCAAGAUCGGCGCGAACAUCAACGCGCCGGAGAAGAAGUUCUUCGGCCUCUUCUAA